UGAGAGCUGGACGACUCUGAAACAAAGAAAGAAAGAAAAAAGCCAUUUGCCAAAAAGCUGAAAAAUCUUAUUUCAAAAGUUAAAAAGAAAGCUGAACUUCAACCGAAAGACAAAGAAAAAGCUUCUUCUUCUUCAUGUUCUCCCUCACCCUUCUUUCUUCUCUCUUUCAAUCUCCAAAUCUUACGUUAUAUUUUGAUUCUUAAAGCAGUUAAAUUGCUCACCAUGUUAACCAAUAACACUUCUUCUUCUUCCUCAAUCCCUUCUUCUGCGCCAUUCUCUUCCCCGGAGAAUGGAACUAACAAUAACAAGAGAAAAAGAAGACCAGCCGGGACUCCUGAUCCGGAUGCAGAAGUCAUUUCUUUGUCUCCGAAAACUCUCCUGGAAUCGGAUCGUUACAUCUGUGAGAUCUGCCACCAGGGCUUUCAGCGAGACCAAAACCUGCAAAUGCAUAGAAGAAGGCACAAGGUUCCAUGGAAGCUGCUGAAAAGAGAGACGCCAGUGGUGAGAAAGCGAGUGUUUGUGUGCCCGGAGCCAAGCUGUUUGCACCAUGACCCUUGCCACGCUCUCGGCGACCUGGUGGGCAUCAAGAAACACUUCAGAAGAAAACACAGCAAUUUCAAGCAGUGGGUCUGUGAAAAAUGUUGCAAAGGCUAUGCAGUUCAGUCGGAUUACAAAGCUCAUCUCAAAACCUGCGGCACCAGGGGCCAUUCCUGUGAUUGUGGCCGUGUCUUCUCAAGAGUUGAGAGCUUCAUUGAGCACCAAGACGCUUGCAGCAGCAUGGGGCGUCUGCGGCCGCCGGAGCCACAAGCGUUGGCUUGCUUGUCGAGAACUGCUUCGAGUCCAAGCCCUUCCAGUGAGACCAAUUUCACCACCUCGCCUUGGCCGAAUUUGAUGGUGGCUAAGUCGACAAUGGAGGCCAUUUUCUUGAGCUCUAGUAAAGAAGAUCAAAGGGCUUUGAAAAAGAAGGAAAAUUAUCACAAUUUGGAGCUUCAGCUUUUGACUACUUCUUCAAAUUAUUUUGAUGAUGGCAAUCAUUCCACUCAGUUGCAGCUCUCAAUCGUUUCAUCAGAUUUUAGUGAUCACAAAAAUGAAUCAAAAGAUGGAGGCAAAAUGGCGAACUCUCCAGGGGAAAGCACCACAAAUGGGAAGAAAUCGACAAUGGUGGCUUCCAGGGUGAAGGAACAAGCGAGAGAAGAGCUGAGAUUGGCCAUGGCUGAGAAAGCUUAUGCAGAAGAAGCUCGACAGGCGGCGAAGAGACAGAUUGAGCUGGCUGAACAAGAGUUCGAGAAUGCGAAAAGGAUCAGGCAACAAGCUCAAACCCAGUUGCAGAAAGCUCAAUCUUUGAAAGAACAUGCAAUCAAACAAAUCAAUUCUACAAUGUUGAGAAUCACUUGCCAUAAUUGCCGGCAACAGUACUUCCAAACAAGAAUAUUGCCUCGAGAUCACCUUGGGAAAUCCUUCGGUUUAAGUUACACGGCAACAGAAGGUGAAGUGAUAAACAAAGACAACAAUGGAGGAAAAACUUUACUACUACAUCAUCCAUAAAAAUUUUACUUGAUAUAAAUCUUUGUGGGGUGUUAUGAAAUUCGUGUAAUGUGUUAUUAUUGAUUGAUAAAUUUGUUUUAUAAAUGAAAAGUGGUUCUGGGUUACCUUGGAAACAAGCAAUAAUAAUGAUUUAGUGGGACUAUUAAUAGAUGUUUGG